GGAGGGGGGUGAGUUAGCCGGGUUAGCUAGCGUGCUAACGGUGUAGAAGCGGAUUUGGAUCAGCAGUUCAUUCACUCCGCUCGGUGUAACAGCAGCUAGCUAACGCUUCUGGAAGCUAUGGAUCUUCCCCCGGAUAAUGACUGGAGGAGUCCGGGAUUCCGGCAGAAAGUAGUGGCGCAGAUAGAGGAAGCAAUGAGAAAAGCUGGAACGGCACAUACAAAAACCAGUAAUGAAAUGGAGACUCAUGUUUUCAUCAAAGCUAAGUCACGAGAGGAGUAUCUGUCUCUGGUUGCCAGGCUGAUCAUUCAUUUCAGAGAUAUUCAUAAAAAAGCCCAAGGUGGUCCUGAUCCAAUGAAUGCUCUACAGACGCUAACAGGCGUAGGUGGAGGUGGUCCCAACACUAUUGGCAUGGGGCCUCGCCCUGGAGCACCAAUGGGUGGAAUGGCACCCAUGGGUCAAAUGCCAAUGGGCCAGCAUCCCUUGCAGGGAGUCGGUGGAAUUCAACAAGCUGGGACAGCAGGACAGAUGCCGAUGCAGAUGGGAUCACAGCAGCAGCCCUUGCAGUUUCAGCCGUUUCAGGCACAACAGCAAGCAGCCAUGCAGCCACAGCAGCAAACAUCCAUGCAGUCCAAUUCUCUCCAGCAGCAGCAGUUUCAGCAGCUCCAGAAGCUCCAAAUGCACCAACAACAGCAGCAGCAGCAGCAUCAGCAACAGCAGCAGCAGCACCCGAAUCAGCCACUGCAACACCAGAACCAGCAGCAACAGGCUCAAGCCCAGGCUCAGGCUCAGGCUCAGGCCCAACAACAGCAGCAACAGCAACAGAACCAGUUGCACCAGUCCAGACUUCAGCAGCAGCAACAAUUAGCCCAGCUGCAGCUUCAACAACAGCAGCAGCAGCAUCAACAGCAGCAGCAAGCUCAAGCCCAAGCCCAAGCCCAUGCACAAGCGCAGCAUUUGCAGCAGCAGCAGCAGCAGCUACAGCAAGCCCAGGCUCAAGCCCAGGCUCAAGCCCAGGCUCAAGCCCAGGCUCAAGCCCAAGCUCAAGCCCAAGCCCAGGCUCAAGCCCAAGCUCAAGCCCAGCCAGGUCAGAUGCAACCCCACUCUCAGCCACAACAGAUCCUUGUGCCUCAGCCUCUGGCUGGGCAGAUGCACCCUGGACAGAUUCCAACAAUUGGUUCCCUUAGCCAGCAGCAGCAACAACAACAACAGCAGCAUCAGCAGCAGCAACAGCAGCAGAUUCAGAAAAUGCAGCAGGUCCUCCAGGCUCAGGCUCGAGCAUUGCAGCAACAGCAGCAGCAGCAGCAAGUGCAGCAGCAAGUUCAGCAAGCCCAACAAGCAGCGGUUCAGGCCCAGCUUGGAGCGGUGUCUAACGUGAUGAUGCCCCGUGCUGGGAUGCAAAUUCCACCCCGGUUGCCCCGCGCCACCCCGAACUCUGCCAUUCCUCCAAACCCUGCUGCCAUGGGAGGACAGCAAAUGCCACAGCCGGGUCAGCAAAUGUCCUCGCCCUCCCCGGUUCAGGUGCCGACCCCUCAGCCACCCAUGCCGCCUCCUCCCCAGCCUCAGCCUUCUCCACAGCCCCCGUCCUCACAGCCCAACUCAGUCAGCUUCAAUGUCUCCCCUAGCUCUGGUCCAACUCCUUCACCAGGAGGAUUCCAGCCCAGUCCUUCUCCACAGCCCUCCCACAGUCCAGCCACAGCACGCACCCCACAGAGCUACCCCCUCCAAGUGCCUUCUCCAGGACCUCUCAACACCCCAGGCAACCCCAACUCUGUGAUGAGUCCAGCAGCUUCACAGUCAGAGGAUCAGCUCUACAUGGACAAACUCAAACAGCUCUCCAAAUACAUCGAGCCUCUGCGCAGGAUGAUUAAUAAAAUUGACAAAAAUGAAGUUUUUUCCUCUUAUUCUACAGACAGAAAGAAGGAUCUGAGUAAGAUGAAAAGUCUGCUGAAUAUUCUUACCGAUCCCAACACGAGAUGUCCCCUAAAAACACUACAGAAAUGUGAAAUAGCCUUGGAGAAACUCAAAAAUGACAUGGCAGUGCCGACUCCACCUCCUCCAACAGUGCCCAGCACUAAAAAGCAGUAUCUUUGCCAGCCCUUGGUGGAUGCUGUCUUAGCGAACAUUCGCUCCCCAGUCUUCAACCAUUCUCUGUAUCGAACGUUUGCUCCCGCUAUGACCGCCAUCCACGGACCCCCAAUUACGGGGCCUGUUAUUCCUACUCGCAAGAGGAAGUUUGAAGAUGAUGAUCGUCAGACCAUCCCAAAUAUACUACAGGGGGAGGUGGCACGUCUCAAUUCCAAAUUUCUGGUCAACCUCGACCCAACCUUCUGCAGCAACAACGGGACGGUGCACUUAAUCUGCAAACUGGAUGAUAAGAAUCUUCCCAGUGUUCCUCCACUCCAGCUGAGUAUCCCAGCAGAUUAUCCUGACCAGAGUCCACAGUGGGACAAUGAGAGUCAUGAGUACGAGGCAAACCCCUUCCUGCAGAACGUUCAUAAGAACAUGACCUCCAAACUCCUUCAGCUUCCAGACAAGCACUCCGUGACGGCCCUGCUGAAUACGUGGGCUCUGAGUGUGAGACAGGCCUGUCUCUCUGCAGCUUAGCUCUUUCUGCAGUUCCCCCCUGAUUGUUCUUUCAGACAAUAGAAGAUCUGUUCCCGCUCCACUGAAGUUUCACACCUCUGCUUCUGUAAACGUGAUGAUUUAGGGGAAGUAGUUAGUUUGGGCGAGAGAAAGCGAUAGUAACUAAAUGCCUGAAAUGAACACUUGGAUGAAGUCAUUUGUAUUUACAUGUAUUUUUUUAUUUACACAAAUAAUAAAUAUGAUUUGCAUCAUCCUUAUACAGUUUAA